CAGUCUCACCUUGUGGAGACGGGAUCGAGGGUGAAUGUAAUUGACACAUCAGUCCUUUUCCAAACUUUAAAACCACUGAAAUUCAAAAUUACACCCAGAUAGAUGCAGCAGAGUUAUGACAGUGUUUCUCACAAAAGGACAGAGAGUAACUGAAAAUAAAAAACAAAUCAGAAAAACAGGACAGUCAAAACCAUAUGACAGAUCACUUCCUGCCACAGUAUUUCUUUCUCGCUUGCUUCCUGUUUUCCAAGCGUAUUUGCCCUCAGGUCCAAAUCGUCUCUUUGAGCAAUCAUUGAAUCGGCAGCAUUACUCCCAGCUGCAAAGAGAGGGAGGGACGUGACGUCUAACCAUGGGCAACAAGACGCAGCCGGGUCUCUGGUUCAUUCCACCUGUCUGGCUCUCAAAAGCUUCUUGGGUGUGGUUGUCAGAUUUUUGCACAUCAGCCAAAAAUCCUCCCAUCAGAUCUGUCGAACUCAUCAGAUGUUGCAGCUUUUGAAGAUGAAAACGGUCCCAGCGUCCAACUGACCGCUGUGAUAUCUUCAUUUAUUGGCAACAAAAAGCUCCCUUCAUUCUGCAGCAGUAUUUUCCCUCGUCAUGAAGAGUCCUCUUCCUUUCCUGGGCUGGGUCAGAGCGGCGAGCUUGUUCCUGUGCCUGACCCAGACCGUCCUGGCCAUGGUCCUCACCAACUCCACACGCCUGGAGUCCAUCCUGGACAGGUACAGGGACAAGGAUGAGGAGUGGUGGAGGGCAAGGCCGAGAGGGAAGAGGGCCAUCAGUGAGGGCGACAUGCACCUCAUUCUGGACCUGCACAACAAGCUGCGUGGCCAGGUCCACCCUCCUGCCUCCAACAUGGAGUACAUGGUAUGGGAUUAUGAGUUGGAGAGGAGCGCAGAGCACUGGGCACAUACCUGCCGAUGGGAACAUGGACCGAGCCACAUGUUGACACAGAUUGGCCAAAACCUCGGAGCGCACUGGGGCAGGGACCGUCCGCCAACAUACCACGUCCAGGCCUGGUAUGAUGAGGUGAGAUACUACAGCUACCCCUACUCCCAGGAGUGUAACCCUCACUGCCCCUUCAGGUGUUCUGGACCUGUAUGCACUCACUACACUCAGCUGGUUUGGGCUACUAGUAAUCGUAUUGGUUGCGCCAUCAACGUGUGUUACAACAUGAACGUGUGGGGAAUGAUCUGGGCCAAAGCUGUGUAUCUGGUCUGCAACUACUCUCCUCCGGGGAACUGGUGGGGUCAUGCUCCAUAUAAAUAUGGGACGCCCUGCUCCGCCUGUCCAGCCAGCUACGCAGGAGGCUGCAGGGACAACCUCUGCUACAAAGAUGGGGGUGUGGACAGACGUCCUCCUCCUGAGAUCGAGGAGACCAACUACAUUGAACCUGAACCCGAACCAGUGAGGGACAGAGAGCCCCAGCCCAGGGCCCAGUCGCCAGACCCCUCCCCCAAUGACAACCUGGACAGAAACCAGGCUGUCAGCACAGAGCAGAUGUGUCAACAGGUCGAGUGUGACACUAAACUGAGGGAUCAAUGCAAGGGAACAACCUGUAACAGAUACGAGUGUCCGCCCGGCUGCCUUGACAGGGCUGGAAAAGUGGUUGGGACUGGACAUUAUGACAUGCAAUCCAGUGUGUGUGGAGCUGCGUUACACUCUGGUGUUAUUGACAACGAUGGAGGAUGGCUGGACGUGACCAGGCUGGGCAGGAAGCAACAAUUCACCAAAUCAUACAAGAAUGGUAUUCAGUCAAUUGGGAAAAACAGAAGUGCAAAUUCCUUCAAAGUAGAGUCGGUGCCUGUCAAGGCCGUAAGAUGCGAUACCACCGUGGCCAUUUUCUGCCCCUUCAAGAAACCUCUGCGACACUGUCCCAGGUUGUAUUGUCCCAGGAACUGUUUGCGUGACGGUCGAGCCCGAGUCAUCGGGACGAAGUUUUACUCAGACAAAUCCAGUAUCUGCAGAGCGGCCAUUCACGCUGGAGUGAUCCAGAAUGAGUCCGGGGGUUACCUGGACGUGAUGCCGGUGGACAAAAGGAGGCAGUACAGUGGCAGUUACCAGAACGGCAUCACUUCAGAGAGCCUCGUGAACCCAACGGGAGGGAAAGCCUUCAGAGUGUUUGCAGUCAUCUGAAAAACCGCUCUCGAGGGGCAGAGCACCGUCAAACAUGGCCACUUCACAUCCAGCAGACCCACUCAUUAUCAUCUCACGAUCUGUAAUUACAUUCAUUCCUACAGUAAAUAAUUCAGCUGCUCAGCCUCUUGACACCGAGAGCGCAACGCGACUUUGAUAUUAAGGCUUCCCUUUUGAAGUUUGGUCGUGAUUCCAAGAAUAGCUUAGCAAGGGAUGUUUGGUGAGCGAUGAUCUUGGAUGCCUCUCGCCUUACGUCUGUCCAUAGCUGACCAUAAUAAUCACAUUGGGGCUACCUUUGCUGACAUGAUAUCAUGACAUCAUGUUUUCUAACACUUAAAACACUUGAAUAUACUGUACGCCACCAGAUUUAGCACCACUCCAGCUGCCUGCCCAAUGUGGGUUUGUUUAAUGUCCUAAUAGUUUGUGUAUAGUUUAUUAAAUCAUGCUUUUGUGCUUGUGCAUACUUUUUUUAAAAACAUUUUUGAAUAGAUUUUAAGAUAAAUCAGGCCAUUCACGCAAGGAGAAAUAUUUUAUUUUAUGAAUUUAACUCCUGUUUAGUCUGGUCUGUGCCUCCCUAUAUCCUCCCUUUUCGUCACCGUGGUAACACACAGCAUAAGCAACAAAGCAGGCAGUCAAAUACAGAUUGUAUAUUUCUGUACAUAAUAAUGUUGUAAAUAAUGCUGAACACUAUGCAUGUAUAUGAAAUGCUUGCUACCGUUGCCUUUUUCAUUUAUAUUUCUAACACUAAAAGCCACAAUUCAAACAAGCAAAAAAAAAUAGAAGGUGGUGAAACAGCUUCUGCAUGCAAAACAUAUAUUUAUCACUCAAGAUUUUAAUUUUUAUAAAGGACAAAUUCCAUCAUAAUUUCAAUAUAUUCAUAUGUUUGUAAAUAUUGUGUAUGUAACAUAUUGUUUUAUUUUAUGCUGCAUUUCCCAGCUUUUGUUUAUAGGAUUAUAUAAAUGGACCCUGGCUGGCCAGGAAUGUGCAUGGCAGAAUCAUAAUUAAAAUACUUGGAUAUAAAAAUUCAAAUGUUUCGCUAUUUCUCAUUGUAUUAAAGAGUCUGUGUCAUAAAAUCAAUAAACUAUAUUCUCCCGCUCAGGAUUAACGUCUCAGAACAGUUACAGGUUGGACCACAUUUCUCUUGUUUUCAGUUUUUGCAGGAAUGUCGCUGAGCGGACAAAGAUUUCACCAAUGUCUCAAAUUCAGCUGCGGAUCAAACUUACAAGUGAAAUUUCUUCCUAGAAAGUUGUGGGUGUUUCCAGGAACGUCGGGGAACACAGAGGAAGAGAAAUCUGUCCGUUUCAGCUCCAGGGAAGAGAUGUUAUCUACAAGUUGGCUUUUCACGCUUAAAGUAACGGGGAACAAAAAAAUAGUCAGUUCAGCCAAAACAGUAGACGUCAUUACAGUUUACCAACUGAACUUAACACAGA